AUCACUUCUCGUAGCCCACCGGCUUCCAGCUUUUCUACUUUACAAUUAAUUUCGAUUGAAUCUUGUCUGGAUUUCAAUAUUAUAGUAAUAUUGUAACAGUGCAAACUUCAAAUCAAAAUUUUUCAGGUGAGCCAACAAUCAUAAAGACAAAUAUCCUAAUCAGGAGUAUGGGCCCUGUGUCCGAACUUGAUAUGGAUUAUUCCAUGGACUGUUACUUCCGCCAGUCCUGGAGAGAUUCCAGACUUAGCUUCCUAGGUCCCAUUAAGAGUUUAAGUCUAAGCAUCAAGAUGCUGGAGAGGAUAUGGCGUCCGGAUACUUACUUUUACAACGGCAAACACUCUUAUGUCCACACCAUCACUGUGCCAAAUAAACUUCUGAGAAUAACGCAAGACGGUGAUAUCCUCUAUUCUAUGAGAUUGACGAUUAAGGCGAAGUGCCCGAUGGAGCUGCAUAACUUUCCCAUGGACAGGCAAUCCUGCCCUCUCAUCCUCGGAAGUUAUGCGUACCCGAGCCGCCAACUGGUGUACCAGUGGCAAUCUGGGAAAAGCGUAAGUUUCGAAUCGGGCAUGGCCCUAUCCCAGUUCGACCUCAUGGGAAGCCCACAACGGAAUCUAACUUUAAAAAGGAGAGAAGGUGAAUUUUCAUUACUGCAAGUCAAUUUCAACCUAAGGAGACACACCGGCUACUUUCUGAUACAGGUGUAUGUCCCUUGUAUUUUGAUUGUUGUCCUCUCCUGGGUGUCCUUUUGGAUCCACCGGGAGGCUACGAGCGACAGAGUUGGAUUAUGCAUCACUACCGUCCUGACCCUUUCGACCAUCGGGCUCGACAGCAGAACAGACUUGCCCAAAGUUAGGUACGCUACAGCCCUCGAUUGGUUCCUUCUUAUGAGUUUCUUUUACUGCAUUGCAACUUUAUUGGAAUUUGCUGGAGUCCACUAUUUCACCAAGGUGGGAAGUGGAGAAAUACCAAUAGACGAAGACGAGUGGGAGGACGAGGAAGAGUCUAUGACAAUAGAGAAUGCUGAUUCAUCUAUCGUCACUUUGGCCAAUCGUCCCAUGAGGAGAAAGAGCUCACUCAUCUGCCCAAUUUACAACGAUCUGGCAAUUGGGAAUUCCCCUAGAAGGCUGUCGUUCAGCAACAUUAUCAACACAUCUCCAAAAGUACCAAGCCGCUCCACCAUGGAAAGGCAAACCCAGACUGAGACUAGAGUCCCUAGAUGGAAACAGUUGAUGUACUGCUUAGUCGGUGAUGAGAGGUACAGGAGAGAAAGACAGAGAGAAGCUGCAAAGGGGACUUCUCACAAAGGAGUGAACAGCGUUUCAUACAUUGACAGAGCUGCGAGAAUACUCUUUCCAACAUCAUUCGCAUUCCUUAAUGUUAUUUACUGGCUGCUGUAUUUCCGUUAUCAUCAACAAUUCACUUGGAAACAACUUCCACCCGGACUCUAGUCAUUGUUAUUUAGGAAAAACUUUUAGCAUACUAGUAAAGUUUAUUUAAUUUAUUCCUAGCUAAAGUUCCUUUACAUUUGAAGCUUGACAAAAAUUUUGUAAAAAAGCGCAUGAUUCAUUUUUCUUUCUCUUCAAACAAACAAUCUAUAAUUUACAAUAGGUCCAACCUCACAAUAUUACAAUUUUAUUAUUUUAACCUGCUCAAUAUGUCAAAACUUUCUAAAAUCAGAAUAUUCCUUUCAGGUUAGUGUGAACUUAACAAUUGUUAAAUUGCAAACACCUCAAUUUUAUCAUCAUUUCCAACUAGAUAUAGCAUUUAUUGUUAUAAAAUUAGUUUCAAAAUUUAUAUUAAGUAUAGUUAAUAGUAAAAAUAAGUUCUUGAAAAGAGUAACAAGUUAUGACAACUUGGUCCAUUUUCUGCUAUUUUGGAUAUGAUUUAUUUUGAGGAAAAACCAUGUUUUACAUUGACCAACAUAUUGAAAAAAAUAAAAGACAAGGGAAAAGAAAAAGACAAAUCAAGGUGUUAUAACAAUUAAAAUAGAUGAAAGUAUAUUAAAAAAAUGAACAUUCAAAGAAGUAAUUAUUUGUCAUUUGUAUACUUUCCUCAUUGUAUAUUAUCAAGGCAUUAUAUAAGUUACCUCUAAUCUCGCUUUUUUUUCACCAAAUUAUUAGUA